AUGCAAAAGUAUAUGUAUGAGAAAGCAAUGGCUCAAGAGACAAGGAACGGAGGAACCUCUACGUUAAAUAACAACAAUGGCAUUGACAACAGAAAGAAGAAAGUGCUAAUAGGGCUAGAUAUCUUCUGUCUUGUCCUUGCUAGCCUGCCUUUCCUCAUCAUUGAGACUAGCACCAUAAGGCCGUACCAGCGCGGGUUUUACUGUUCGGACGAGUCCAUCCGCUACCCCUAUAAAAACGGAGACACCAUAAGCGAUGCCGUGCUUUGUGCUGCUGGCAUUCUUAUUGCCAUCCUCUCUAUUGUGAUCGGGGAAUGCUACAGGAUCCACCACCUACGUGAGGGAACCAAGUCCUUCAUUGGGAAUCCUUACGUCUCAGCCCUCUACAAGCAGGUGGGUGUGUUUAUCUUCGGCUGCGCCAUCAGCCAGUCGUUCACAGACAUUGCCAAAGUGUCGGUGGGUCGCAUGAGACCCCACUUCAUAGAUGUGUGUCGACCAGAUUUCUCCACCAUCAAUUGUUCCCUGGGAUACAUCAACACAUACACCUGCACUGGCCAAGACAGCAAAGUACAGGAGGCCAGGAAAUCCUUCUUCUCAGGACAUGCCUCAUUUUCCAUGUACACCAUGCUCUACCUGGCUUUCUAUCUCCAGUCCAGGUUUACAUGGCGUGGGGCUCGUCUCCUCCGCCCUUUGCUGCAGUUCACCCUGUUGAUGAUGGCCUUCUAUACCGGCCUAUCACGUGUCUCCGACCACAAGCACCACCCCACCGAUGUCCUGGCUGGCUUCGUGCAGGGAGCCCUGGUGGCCUACUGCAUAGUGUUCUACGUGUCAGACCUGUUCAAGCCGAGGGCAAAGCCAGCCACACCUCCGCCCUCCCCCAUCAAGAAGGAACUGCUCCCUUCCUCUGACAUCAUAGAGAGGAACAACCACCACAACAUGGUGUGAGAGAGGCCGCACCGCUUCCUGUGACUGAGGAGCCUAUCACAGCGCUGCUCACCUCCCAUCGGACAGUAGAAUGUAGCGACGAGAGACUGUAGCUGCUUCUCAAACGGCACCCUCCUCCCCUAUGCAACGCACCCAGAGGUGCUGGGCCGCGCUGCAUGUGGGACAGGGUGUCCGAUUUAAGAUUUGCACAACAGAGUCCACUCUCACUAUCCAGACUUAUUAUUAUCUACUAUUAUGUUAACUACUAUUCACAUUUGAGCCCAUUUGUUUUGAGCACAAACUGAGAGGAAUUGGAAGCUAAAAGAUUAACAUGAAUCGAGUGAGAAACAGAUAGACCGACAGGCAGGGCUGAGGGUGUGGAAGUUCGAUGGAAGUGUAACCACAAAUGGGGAAAAAAAAAAAUUUGUAAAGAAAAAAAAAGAAUGAAUGAGUGAGUGAAUGAAUGAACAAAAGAAAAGAAAAGAAAAAAAAGAAAAAAGACAAAGCCCCUGUUUAGGGAGAGAGGGAUUUACCUAGCUGCUCCCUCUUUCAACUCUCUGUGGCCUUGGAACGCUGUAGGACAACAACUUCCUUAGCUAUGGGAACGAUAUUACUGCAAUAUAACUAGCAGCGUAGAAAUAUUAACAGUAUAGAAAAAAAUUAACUUAUAGCACUAUUUUUAAGUUCAUUGUCCAUUGUCACCACUUGCUGCCUGAGAGGUCUCGCUAUAAAAAAGCUUGAUGGUGCUGAUGUCCACGAGAUAGAAAUACUUCUAGAAAUAGAAGCUGACCUAGCCUGGUGCAAGAGUUUCAUAAGAACUCCAUACCUGGGCAGGACCACGUUAGCAUAGCAUUGUGUGACGAUCAACAUGGGGAUUAGAUAGAACCAGUUCAGUGCUAGUAGGCCAAAUCGAUCCAGUUAGGCCUUUGUGACUAGUUAGAGAGCGAUCCCCUGGUGGUCUUCAAGCUUUUUUGACUGACUGGAUAUUAAAUCUGUCAAGACAUCUCAGAGAGCCUCAGUAAGCUGAGAGUGCCUUUAGCAUUGAGAAGUGACCCGCUCCAGUCUCAUACACCUCUAUCUCCGCUUCAGCACAUCAAGCCUUUUGUAGUGGGCUGUCAGCGUGGCCUAAACCCGGGAUGUUGCAUUUCUUUAGGGUUAGAUUUAGUAGAGGGGGGAUAUUAGUAUUUUCUGUGGAGGGAGGAAGGCAGAUCUCUCGGCCUCUCAGCACCUGUACAAGAGGUGUGGCUGUGCCAUGCCGCUUCCUGGUGCUGGGGCCAUCUGGUUGGUUCCCUAAGGUGGGAAGGGGAUGGGUGGGCAGAGUGAAAGGGUGUGGUCUGUCACCGUGGAAAGAGGGUGUUGAUUUACAGCUAAGCUGGCACAUUAUUUUGGGAUGAUUUGGGCUCUUUCCGCUGGCAGGGAGGGGCUCUCACCCACCCAAUCACUCGUUGGCAACCUACGUGUCUCGUGUGUGUGUGUGUGUGUGUGUUUGUGUGUGUGUUUGUGUGUCCUGUGUACUCCUCGUGCUUGUGCAUGUAUCGUUCGUGUGAAUGUGUGUGUUUAUAUGUAUGAGCGCUGUGCCCUGUGAAAAAGAACACCCCCCUGGUAAUAUAUGUGUGUGUCGAAUGAAACCCCCUCACACACACGCAUGCUGUCAGCUGUGCCAAGUGUGUGUGUGUGUGUGUUUGUGUGUCACAGACAGAGAGGCCAGCGGGGGAGGGGAUUUCCCCUGUCAGGUGAACAUUAUAAAAACUGUGGAUCUAAUAUUUUUAUUCUCUGCUACGAUGCAUCUUUAACCUUGUAUGUUUAUAGCCUGUCCUGCGUAAUCACUAACAGUUGUACAGUACCAGAUACAGCAGCCCUUUUUAUUUUUAUUUACAGCCUACUCAGAUAUCCUCCUCCAACAACACACACAUGUUGCACAUCUUUCUCCUCGUAUAGUCCGUCCUAUCAUUUCACCAAGCCGUUUCACUCUCUUUUUAUAAAUAUAUAAAUAAUGUAUAGAUCACUAAAAUUAACUCUGUAAGAUAUUGUUUCCGAACAUGUUUAGAUAUAUCCACUAUGAUUACAGACCUGUGUUCUUUACAAAGUGCUGCUUAAAAAGCAUCGAUUGACAGAUUUUUGUAUUUAGAUAACUAAACUAUUGUAGAUUGUGAUAGUUAAGUUUUUAAUAUGCGUUCAAAAAAUACUCCCACAAUUGUAUUAAAAUUCAAUAUUAGUAUUUUUGUAUUGUCUCAUUUUUUGUACAAAGAAAUA